UGAACACUCAGUUUUUUACGAGUGUUCCCCUUUAAAAGGUUUACUGUAAUUUUUAUUACUUUUUAUGAACCACAGGACAUUUUUUACUGACAAACUUGCUUCUCAAUACUCUGAAGUCAUCUCAACCGAGUCGCAUUGUAACUGUCUCUUCCAAUGCGGCAUUUUACCACGAAAAAUUCAAUUUUGAGGAAUACGAUGUUAUGAACGAGAAGUAUGGCAAUUUCCCGGCAUAUGCUCAGAGUAAAGUGGCGAAUAUUCUGUUUAGCAGAGUUCUGGCAGGGAUAUUAAAAGGCAGUGGAGUAACGACCUAUUCUCUACACCCUGGGACAAUUAUGACAGAAAUUGGGAAAGAUAUACCAUAUUUGAAUAAUCCCAUAUUUGCGACAACCACAUACCCAUUAUGGUGGUUCUUCCUAAAAACUCUGGAAGGUGGGGCUCAGACUACAAUCUGCUGCGCAGUUGAUGAGGCAUUGAAAGGGGAAUCUGGAUUGUAUUAUAGUGAUUGUGAAGCGAUGACGGAGGGACUUCCUCCUGCAACGCAAAAUGAUGAAGAUGCCAAAAAACUCUGGGAACUCAGUUUAAAAUUAACAGGCCUAGAUCGAGAAAUCAAGACCUAGAACUGAGCCUGAAUCAUAUGCACCAAUGAGACAAGGACAUUGUGGAAGACUAGAUAAGUCUUUUAAUCGUUAUUCCAUCAAUGUUAUUUAAUACAUGUUAUACCUUAUAUAAAUCACAUAUGAUAUACAAUACAUGUUAUACCAUAAUAUAUACACCCCCUAUCCACACUCUAAAUUCAAGGUACCGUACGGUAUAUAAAGAGUAUGGUACCAUAUGCUACUGUUUGAGUAUGGCGCAGUACACUGUUCAUGGUACCAUAAGGUACUGUUUUAGUCUACGGUACCGUAUGGUUCCAUAUUUCAUGGUAGCUACAGUACCGUAACCAAAACGAUACCGCACCGUACUGAUGCAGAUUGGCUGUGUAUUUUAUUUGAUACAUGUUAUACAUAUACAUGUAUUCAGAUUUUGUUGGAUCAUUACUUUUAAUGAG